AUGGAUAAUAGAACUGAAUUAUACACUUGGCUCGAUGAAUACUCUUCAUCACAUCAAAAUCCUACGAAUAUUCUAAUUCAUAAAAUUUGUGUACCAACAAUUGCUUUUACAGUUUUGGGUUUUCUUUGGUCAAUACCAGUACCAAAAUUUCUUCGUCAAAGUUUGGGUAAUCUUUUUAGUCAUAUUAUUCCAAUGCUUGUUCUUGGACCUGUAUUCGCAUUUUAUUUUCGCUUAUCAACAAAAAUGGCUGUAGCAAUGCUUGUGAUUAUUUUAUUUGCCGUUGCUCUUUUGACUACAAUGGAACAAAGGCAAAUACGAAUAUUUCGAUUAUCAUUAGUCAUAUUCAUUCUAGCUUGGAUUGGACAAUUUAUUGGACAUGAUAUAGAAGGGAAAAAACCUUCAUUCUUUCAAGAUUUACAAUUUUUAGCUGUUGGACCACUUUGGACAUUGGCUAGUGCUUUUCGUGCGUUAAAUAUUGAAUAUUAA